UCUCCGCCGCCGCCGUCAGUCACUAACGAGACUCGAUCGGAACCGCAGGCGAAACGCUUUUCUAUCCGUUCGGCGAAGAAACGAAAAACAGAAACUUGGUCGCGACGAAUUGUGCCGUUUUCUUUCCGAUUGGUUUCGUUUUUUCGAGUGCAACAAACAGUUCGGGAGACUUGUACGCGUGUGCAAGCGAGGAAACUUGGGUGCAAAGUGAUUGAAGCUGAAGGGUGAAAAAAGUGAAUGGGGCUCCUAAUUUGAGAGGGCCGUUUUGUGGAAGAAAGAGUGUCUAAAAGUGUCGUAAAGUGAGCUUCGGAAAGAUGCAGAUCGGCGGCGCCACAAGGUUGGUGCUUUGGCUGCUCGCGGUCACAACAGUGGUGAAAUGUGCCGACUCGGAACUGCCGGACUUUGAUUUCGACGCCCAGAAGGGCGCCUCCGAUGACGACGACGAUUAUUAUUACGUGAGUGAAGGGGAAGACGACCAGCAGAUGCAGCCCUCGCACAAGAUCAUGAACUACAAUCGAUCCCUGGCGGAGGAUUCGGGUGGUGAUCGAGAGGGUGGCGUCGGUGGGGGUUCGCCAUUCCUCAUGGAGGACGAUGACACCAGCUUCGACAUGAUGGACGACGUGGACUUUGUCGAGGACAUCGCGGAGAGCAACUUCCAACGCAAGCAGGCAGCGAUGCGGAGAAUUAUGCUGCGGGCUUUCGCUAAUCGUGACAUGCAGAGAAAGUUCGGCCAGGUGCUGCCCCUGCUCAAGGUGAUGUCUAAACCGCAGAAGGCGACGCUGGCGGCGCUCAUCUCGGCCCAGGUCAACUCGAAGGAGGGAAAAACGUUGUCGCUCGAACAGGUGAAGCAGAUGUUCGGCAACCGGCAGGAACUGAUUCUCCCGCUGGUGUAUGACAUAGCGAAUAUGAUCCGCUCGGUGGCCAAACAAGAGAGUCUGCUGGACCAGAGGUUCCCCACGGUGGACGAGGAGGAGCACGUUCCCACGAAUCAAUUGCUGAGGAGGAGCUUUUCGGUGCGAUCCGAGCCGUCUGGGUUCAAGAUGAAUACGGUCCAAACGGCAGAUUCCAAUUUGAAGGAUGAUCGGUUGAUGGUUGAUAUGGAUGAUGACGAAGCGAAGACUAUUGAAGGCGGCGAAGAUGGACCGGAAGGGCGUUCAAUGUCCGAUGCGCCAAAGUUUGAGAGGUUGAUUCAGUCCAAGCCGCGGUACAAUAUGCAAAUGACAAGGAUGAAGGAAAAGUCCGAAGAGCGGAUGUCGUACCACGAGCGGAAAUUGAACAUGACGGCUUUCAACUCCACCAAGAACCAGAAAGAUCAACUGGCGAUGCCCUCGGAUGGCCCCAUUCCGGUAACACUACCCAAAGCAGGAUAUUCCAACAGCUUUUCAAGACCGCAGCCAACCCAAACCGUAGUGACCACCUCAACGGAACCACCGGAAGUUGAAACCACAACUCUGACGAUGGAGGAAAUUGAAGAUAUGGCGCUAUCGAGCUUGAACGGAACCGAGCUGGAUGCGGUGGAAAGUAGUCUGGGCAAUGGGAACGGAUCUGGCCCAGUAGCGGAGAUGUUGGUCGGAGGCGGUUAUCGGAACCGAGCGAACCGAAUCCACCUACUGUUGCCGAGCGAAAGGUGUGACCACUUUUCGGCGGGCGUUUGCAUCCGGGUGGAGAACUAUCCGUCGCCUCAGAUCAUGCACAGCAUCAGUCGUCACAAGCGAGCAAUGGGAGCGCUAUUAGCAGAAUACAUCGACAAGAGCAACGAAUUCGACCGAAACGCCUUCGAACCGGAGGACAUCGAGGCGGGGAUCAACACCAAGCUGACGAAACGUUCGGACGACCCAUCGAAGUCCGGGGGCGGCAUGUGCCCGAGCAUCAUACGCUAUGCGCGACCACAGAAGGCCCGUUCCGCUACCGGCGAGUGGAAGUACAUCGUUAACACCGGAGAGCACACGCAAACGCUUCGACUGGAAAAGUGCACGACACCCCAGGACAGCUGCACUUACCUGACAGACAAUUUCCGUUCCCGGUGCGUCCAGAUAUACAACUACCAUCGUCUGCUAAGUUGGGACACGGCCCGAGGUCUUCACGUGGACAUUUUCAAGGUGCCGACAUGCUGUUCUUGUCACAUUGACGGAUAUCGGGAGACUUUCCCACCUUUCAACGGAGGUGGUGGUGGUGGAGGAGGUGGAGGUUUGAGUGAAUACGACUCCAAAAGUGAUUCUUAUGAGGAUCCCAACAUUGCCGCCAGCAACGUCAUUCGAAAUACGCAGUACAGUACGCUGAAGUUCGAUAAUAACGAUGAGCCGGAGAAUGUUGAAGACAAUAUCGCGUAUCACUUCGCCAAUGGCUUCCAGCGAAUGAAACCGCCAAAGUACGAUAAUGGAAUUUUGAUCCCACCAAGUCCUCCACCACAGAAGUUCACAAAGAAUCGGUACGAACGCCCGAAGCUUGUGCCACCGAAGAAGCAGAACCUGGCUCACUUCAUUCCGCCUCCAAUUUUGGACACUUAUCUCAGUCCACCACCGAACGAAGUCAGCCACUAUACUCCAUUCAAACGAGGUCCACACUUCACCAACGACAAUACCCUGAAAAGGACAGCUCAAGUCCAACCAUCCAGAAAUCGUCUUCCCAUCCGCAAGCAGAUCAACGUGGAUCAGAACAUCGCUGAAACGGACAUCCGGAUCAACCAGGUCCAAGUAAUGCCCCCGAACAAACAGGAUCGCCUACCGCCAACGCAAGCCACCGAAAAGCAACGGAAACGAUACACCACAACUCAGCAGCCUCCAACGAUCAAGAAGGAGAAGACCCCUCACUACCAGUCAAGACCCAAACAGCAGCAAUCCAAACCGACCUCAAUCAUCCCGGUGACCUCACCCCCAACGACAACCACAACUUCCGCCACGACCAACGGUCACCAGCGGAUCAACUACAACUACCAUCCCAUUAUCGACUUUUUCGGAGAAGAAGAAGCCCCCGAGCUUCCGGAGCAAAUCGACCGUAUCGGUCUGAAUAGCGGCGGUGGAGGCGGCAGUAAACCCAUCAUGGGAUCAUCAUCUUCCAUGAACAGUUGGACCCCCAUGGUACACUCCAGUCAAGUGCGGCCCAUGAGGAUACCGAUCUGAGUGACGCCCUCUCCCUCUCUCCUUUCGCCUUUAGUUUAGUUCUUAAUAAUUUAUUGAAUGAAACUCACCACAAGGAUGACCCAGAACAAAUCAA